UGGCGCUAUGUGAUGUGUUUUGAAUAGAUAGCUCAUCUCACAGCUGACUGAAGACAGGAUGGAGGAGGAGGAGGAGGAGGCAGACGCCGGUGUCUCUUCACGGACGGAGAGGAAAGCGUUGGAAAAGGCCAAAAUACUCCAACGAGAGAGCGAGAGGAAGCUCCUAAAACUGGUGGGACGGGUCCUGAAGAAGCCGGAGUGUGAGCGGUCUGAGGAGGAGGCCGCCGUGUUGCUGCUGCACAGAGACACUGUGGAGGAGCUCUGCAAGAGACAAGCCCGCAGGAGUGUCCUCAAGAGGAAGCAGGAGGAGCUGUACGAUGUUGCCGAUGAGCUGAAGAAUAAAGUCAAGCAGCUGGCUGAGGCAGUCGAACAAGCUAAACACCUGGUGGUAUACACCGGAGCCGGCAUAAGUACGGCCGCUUCCAUCCCAGACUACAGGGGCCCCAAUGGGGUGUGGACACAGCUACAGAAGGGCCAGAGCGUCAGUUCGUCUGACCUGAGUAAAGCUGAGCCGACCCUCACGCACAUGUGCAUUAGGAUGCUUCAUAAGGAAAAGCUGGUAAAGCAUGUUGUUUCUCAAAACUGUGAUGGACUUCACUUGCGUAGCGGUCUACCCAGAAAUGCCCUGUCCGAGCUCCAUGGAAACAUGUUUAUUGAGGUGUGUACAUCCUGUUCCCCGGUCAGGGAGUCUGUCCGUUUAUUUGACGUGACGGAGCGGACCUCGCUGCACCGCCACGGGACAGGCCGCAGGUGCAGCCAGUGUAGUGGUGAACUCAGGGACACCAUAGUGCACUUCGGGGAACGUGGGACCCUGGAGCAACCUCUCAACUGGAAGGGAGCUGGAGAAGCUGCAGAGAUGGCGGAUGUUAUCCUCUGCUUAGGCUCCAGUCUUAAGGUUUUGAAGAAAUACGCCUGUCUUUGGUGCAUGAACAGACCAGCGAGCAAAAGGCCCAAACUCUACAUUGUCAACCUCCAGUGGACACCAAAAGAUGAUCUGGCUGUGCUAAAAAUUAAUGGCAAGUGUGAUGAUAUCAUGAGACUUCUUAUGGAGGAGCUGAACAUGCAGAUUCCUGUAUAUGACCGGUCAGAGGACCCCAUCUUCAGUCUAGCCACAUCUCUGCUGCAAGAUGAGGUCAACAGCCACACUCGUGAGGUCAUCGCUCCCUUUGAUGGGCAGGAGGUCUGCUUACCUGGAUCUGCAGAGCAGGCAGAAGAAUCCACAGCGGUGCAGGGCGGCUGGUUUGGACGAGGCUACGGCAAAGGAAGGAAGAAGAAGAAGAAGAAGAAAGCUGCAUAAUCAAGGGAACUUUACAGACGCACUUGAUGGGUUCAAGUAUGUCAAAUCCCGAUAAGGGAUUCAAAUUUCGGUCCCAUAAUGAGGACAAGAUGGACUUUAGGGUGCUGUUAUGUAUUUCGGCUGCAUGGGAAACGUUUAGUCACAUGCAGCGAGUGAGUGAAGGGAAUCAUAAGUCUGAGUAUUUGUCAUUUUGGAAAUGGCACUUUGCACCAUCGACAUAAGUGUUUCAUAACAGCUUGAGCUAAAAGUGUCUCUGGUUAUGCUGUGUUAGUAGCACUAAGUAUUAUCCCAGUAAUGAGUGACAAAAGCAUGAAAAUAUUCUCACAAGCUGUCAACUCAAAAAGUGGCCAUGACACUUCAUCUGAAAAGUCAAAAGAAGGUUUUGAAACCACCUCUGCAGUGUCGUCCCCUUUUCUCAGACCCUCUGUAUGUUUAAAAAACUUGUAUUAACAACAGCAUUAAGUUUUAAUAAGUCCAACAUUCAGCUGGUUUGAGCAUAAGCUAGAUAUAAAUGGACAUUACUAUACUGGUAUUUAUAGUAAACGUUACUGUAUAUGUGCUCAUAGCAAGGUUUACCGUUCAGUGGAACUCAAGCGACUUGGUUACGUUUACUGUCAAUUUUAGAUUUUGGUGCUUCCACAGCUUUACUGAUAAGAGAUUUAAAGAGAUGUCAAACCUUUUCUACGUGUAUUACUUAUAGUGAAAUAUAUUUUUGUAGUCUUUUUCACACGUUUACAACUCGCCUUGUUGAAUGUACCUUUUUUUAACAUGGCUUAUUUGUGUUGUUUAUUUUAAAGGUAUUUUGGUUUACUUAAAUUAUUUACUUAACUCAGUCAACCUUCAUAUCUGCUGUUAUGCAUCCUCAGGUUUGCAGGCUAAGUAGUACAGCUGUUCUUGUACCUUGGUUUACCAGAGUUGAUGAAUUUGCCUUUUGUUUACAUUUUUUUAUCUUAACUUUUAUUCAGAUGAUGCAGAGACUCUGCUUCUGUCAUAUCUCUGUCGACAAAAGUAUGAGAAGCAAAGCAGAUUUUAUUUGAUUUUCAUUAAAAUUUUAAUUAGUAGUUGCUUUGUGUAAUGUUAAAUUAGUUUCUAUGAUUGGAAACAUCAACAAAUGUGUGUCUAUUAAUCUGUCUCAGGGAUAUCCAGUGUGAUUAAUAAUCUCAUCCUGUACCAUGUAGUUUCAGAAGUUAUUAAAGGCCAGUCUUGCAACCAAGAGCUAGUGUUCAACAUUCCUUAAACAAACUAGUGGUUACACUGGAUGUGAAAAGAAAAAAGAUGCUGUACUUGUGAGACAAAGUUUUUCUCAUAUAUUAUUGGAUA